CUGACCAAAGGAGUUGCUUUUUUGGGAGGUUUACGACCUUUCGCACCUUUUUGUUUCAUACACAAACAAUCUCGAGCUUCUGCGCGAGCGGGCUGCGGUACCUUGUACUUGUACUGUUGUAGCUUGCGAGAACGAAGGUCUGCAUGCACUGUACAUGACCUGUACUCUGUUGUGGUACGUCACAAAGCCGCUUCCGAAAUAAUUCAUGUACAUUUGUACUGUAGUUGGGAAUUGAGUAGCAACAGAGAUAAUUGUUUCCUUCCGCUAGUUCUGUGGGGUGAAGGCGUACCCCUAAGCGCUUGCCCCGACUGGCCCGAGCGCAAAUCGUUUCUAGGAUGGCGUCCUAUGACAAUCCAUCUAGUGGUGCCUAUUAUGGAGAUUUAGAAGUGGAAGUGAAGGCUGGCAAUGGCAAUGAUUCCUACUUCAAGGCAUUUAUUGUUGACAUCUUCGAGAAUGAGGUCGUUGUGGCGUAUGAGGAUGAGUGGCAAUCACGCCGCAAAGUGCCAUUGGCUGAUGUACGCCUGCCAGACAAUCAGGGCAUGGUCAAUCUCAAAGUGGGAGACAAUGCUGAGGUGUUCUCCAGAGUCAAGAAAAGUGAGCCAUGCAGCUAUUGGCAAUGCAGAAUUGUUCAGCAGAAAGGCGAGUUCUUCGUUAUCGAGUACACCGGGCUGGAUGCAAACUUUGCCAACGAAAUUGUAGAACGCGACCGCCUAAGGUUACCUAAUCACAAUCCACCGAUUGCAUCCAAGUCAUUCUACAAGUGCAUUAUUGAGCUGCCAGAUAGCUUGCGUGACGUUUGUGAGGACAUGUCGUUACAUCGUGAUUUGCUGAAGGCUUGCAAUGCUAGAAUGAUCAUUGGCGACAAGUUUGUGGGCACAUUGACCAUGCUGUCGCAAUCUGAGGAUUUGAUCUAUCGUGCUGAGAUGCUUGCUGAUAUCCAUGUCAGAAGUCUGCCCACCAAAGUGCUACUGAAGCAACGUGCUGCUGGAAAGCAGACUACUGCAAGCGAGUCUCCACAACCCACAGACUCUGCCAAUAGCACCAGUGACUAUAUGACAGUGGAGGAAGCGCCGCUCUAUCCGUACACAGACGAGUUCACCGUUGCCGAGGACCUCCUUGGACUGUCAAUUGGUUCCCGCGGUUCCAAUCUGUCGGCGGCAAAGGCAAUUCGAGGUGUUCUUAGUGUGGAGUUGAAUGACAGUAACAGUACUUUCUACAUUGGAGGCGAGACCAAAGAAGCCGUGGACCAGGCCCGUCACCACCUUGAGUACCUCAAAAUAGCCACAUUCAUUCCGCAGGCAUUUACAGGUCGAAUGAUCGGCAAGGGAGGCGCAAAGAUGCAGGAAAUAGUUGAUCAGUCCAGUGUCAUCAGGGGCAGCACAGAGCUUGUGAACGGGAGUGGCGAUGUCCCAUUCGUCUUUGUCGGCCGUCGCAAAUGUGUUGAUCAUGCUCGUCUCCUACUGGAUUAUCACUUUCUUCUAAUGAAGGAGCUAGAUGAUUUGUCGACUGUGCGGGCACGUGAUGCUCCUACACAAUCCUUCCGCCGUUCAUGGUUCCCGUCAUCAUCUCGUAAUGACCGUGGUAAUAACUACAGUGCAGGCAAUAGUGCUAGUGCUGCUGACUCGCAUGGCUAUAACUCACGCCGACAUUCGGACUAUGAAGGCGCGCCACGAAACACUGGCCGAAGGGGAGGUGGUGGCAGUGGCCGCGGCGGUGGUGCCUCACGAGGCAACCAGCAGGCACGCGGUAAUAACUCCGUAGAAGGUCACACGUCACCGCCGUAUAGGCGAGACAGUGAGGAUCAGUUUGGUGGUGCUUCGACCGGCUCCUACCGUCCGUCCCAAUCCAGCCAGGUGUCAUUUGAGUCGGUAGACGAAUUUGAGUCUGCUGGUCUAGCCAGUCGAGGCAACAGCACGAAUGCAGGCCGAGGCAGACGCCAGCAGCAAUUCCCCAACUCAGCACCGCCUAGCACGAAUGGUAGAGACGUAUCCGAUGGGCGUGGUGGUGCUGGAGGUCAGUCACAGCGCGGUAAGGGCUAUCGCACUCCACUUGAAUCGGUUAACCAGCGCCGCCACAACGGUGGAAAGGGUAAUCAGCAACAGCAGUCAUCACGAAAUAGCCAGGCUGACUCACAGCAAUCCAGUGUUGGCAGUGCUCCCACAUCCCGCGCCAAUUCUCUAGUGCCUACUGAUCAGGAACCCAACAGAGACGUUGCCGCCGCCUCAGCGUCAAAGCCAUUAUCGCAGCGGCCGCAAUUUCAGCAAAAGCAGCAGCAGCAGCAAAGGCAGCAACAGCAAGCUCAGCCAGCUCAGCAAGCACAGCAACAGCAGAAACAGCAACAACAGUCGCAACAAGGAGAGCAGAAAGCCUCUGGUCAGAAGAGCCGUGCUCCCCGUGUGAGAAACAAGCAACACCAGCGCUCAGCAUCGGACAGACCGGGUAAAGAGUCUGGCAAGGGCACAGCCAACGGCGGUGGUAGUGGUGGUGGCCAACAGGACAAGUUGUCCAAGCAGACAGAACAGGAGCAGCAGAAGCCAUCCAGUCCGCGGCCUGCUCGCACCAACAGUGCAACUCCCAGCGUAACUCCAAGCCUGCCAGCAGCGAACUCUACUGCUGCCGCUGCUGCUCCCACUGGUAGCAGUAGUAGCGCAGCUGCUGCUGGAGUAUCUGCAUCCUCUUCAUCUACAUCAGUAAGUGGAAAGAAGUCCUCGGGCAAAUCCAGCCCUACAAAUGGACCUUCCAGCUCUACUGCAGCAGGCAGCAGCGCUACUAAGGAUACAGCAAAGGACCAGGGUACCUCGGCAGCGACUCAAUCUUAAUCUCCCAGCCACACAAGCGCUGAUAGUAAAGCUAGUGGCAACUAACAAUCCUCAAUCAACGGUUUACUACUGGCUCAUCGCAUCUUUUUCUUUUCUUUUUGCAUUGUGCCGGUUUUCUUCUUCUUGUGUUAACAACUCGCUGUUGAGUGUGAAGUGCAUGUCCCUUGUAUCUACUCACAUUCCUAACUUCCCAUUAUGAUAACACCAUGCUAUUCCCCCUUUUUAUUGGCUCUUCCCAUGGCAUUCCAUGCCUGACCGUCAUCCCAACACACACACCUGCUGUGCCGUCCUGACAGCGCUAUCCUGCUUGGGCCGGUUUGAUAAUUAUUCUGUUGUUUUGGUGGCAACUGGUGUGGCAUUGAUAGCCACAAUGCGAACAGUGGACUUGCGUGAUGCAUCCCGUGACGUCCUGUUUUAAUUAUGACGAUCCUACCCGGGCGUCUUUUAAUUUCCCCUAUCCCCUCCCACUUCACGAAUGUAUAUGUGUGUGUGUCGUGUGUCGUGUGCUUGCGUCCGUGAGCUAUGACUGUCUGUGCUGCUUCUCAUUGCCGCCAUUAUCUUCUUACGGACACGCACCACUGCUUACAAGAUCAGCAUAGCACUUGCUGGAGUAUCUGAAUUCUUUGUUUUGCUUAGCCGUGCUGCUGGUUUUCACUCUCCCUUGUAACUUGGUGGUAGUGUUGCACUGUCUGUACAGCUAUCUCUUCCCUAGUCCCACUCAGUCACUCACUCGCUCGCUCACUCACUCACUCACUCGUUCACUCACUCACUCGUUCACUCACUCACUCGUUCUCUCACUCACUCGUUCUCUCACUUACUCACUCUCUCACUCACUUACCCUCCCACUCAAUUACCCUCUCAUUCGCUCACGCAUUCACUGUCACUCUAGCUUAUUCCCUCACUUAUUCACACACAUACACGUGCACACAUACAUACAUACAUGCAUACAUACAUACAUACGCACACGCACACGCACGCACACACACACACACACACACACACACACACACACACACACACACACACACAGACUCCUCUUAUGGUUGCACUGUAUUUACGGUUAGUCAUAGUUUUACUCAUUGCAGCAGUUCUUUCUCUCUAGUACUUGUUGUGUUGUGGUGCCACUGCUACACCUACUGUUGCUGCUGCUGCUGCUCUAGUGGUUUUUAAUCAUUUGCAGCAGCACCAUUUCAGAUAAAUGAUGUAGCAACCACUGCCUUUGCCUCAAACUUUGCCACGCUGUCUCCCUCAGAUUUCCUUUUGUUGUUGUUUUAGAAAUGGCAUCAUCUGCACUUUUCUUCUUUCCGCUUUUGGUUGCAGGAUUUGCACUGGAGGAGUGUGGCGUCUUUUUUUCUUUUCUUUUUUUUUCUCAGAUUUAUGCUCCAUGCUAAUAUCUCAUGAGUGGUUUUGUUGAUAUGUAGAUCAACAGCUGAGGUUUAAUGUUACUGCCCCUUCAGUUUUAACGCAUGUUAUGGAAGUGCAUGGUGUAUCAAUGCUUUCCAACCUAUUAA